AAAGUUUUAGGUUCUUAGGGAAGUGAGAGUCUUUGGUUAAGAAGAGCAGGACUCAGUCAGUAUAGAGGCACUCUGGACCGUGAACCAAGAAGCCCGAGAAUAGUCGAAGGACGGUGCGCGAAGUGGCUCUUCAGCAGCCUGAGGAAUUGUGGUCCUCGUGGUGCUUGAAGGCCACUCUCCAUCAAUUUUGUCCUGCCAGUUACCUGCAAAACAAAUUAUAAUGUCCCACAAGCAGCAGUAUGAGAAAGAACUUGAGGCCCUAGAAAAGAAUGAGGGCCAGCUCUGGGAGGAGUUUCCUGGGGCUACGGAUGUGGGCACCCCAGAGGAGGUACCUGCUGCUGGGGUUUCCCAGGAAGCCUGUUCAUCCUCUGCUUCCAUCCAAGCCACUCCACCAAGAAAAGCAAAUGAAGGUUCUGGUGGUGAAGCAGAAGGAGAUCAAAGCCCAUCAAAGGCCUACCUGUUCUCCAAGUUCCUGCUCAACAGUGAGCUACGGAAGAAGAUAACAGAUGUGGUGAAGUUUCUGAGUGUCAAGUAUAUGGCAAAUGAGCCUGUCACAAAAGAAGAAAUUUUGAAGAAUGUUGUCCAAGAGUACAAGAACUACUACGAAUUGGUUUUCAAGCAUGCCUGUGAAUGCAUGGAAGUGGUUUUUGGCAUUGAAGUAAAGGAAGUGGAUGCUUUCAACCACUCCUACAAGCUCAUUAAAAUACUUGACCUCACCUAUGAUGGGCAGCUGAGCGAUGACGAGGGCAUACCCAAGACAGGCCUCCUGGUGCUUAUUCUUGGUGUGAUCUACAUGGAAGGCAACCGAGCUCCUGAGAAGAAGAUCUGGGAGGUGCUGAAUAUAGUUGGUGUGUAUCCUGACCAACAUGAUUUCAUCUGUGGGAAUCCCAGAAAGUUCAUCACUGAAGAUUUGGUUUUAGAGAAGUACCUGGAAUACCAGCUGGUACCCGGCAGUGAUCCUCUAUGCUACGAGUUCCUGUGGGGUCCAAGGGCCCAUGCUGAAACCAGCAAGAUGAAAGUCCUGCAGUUUUUCUGCAAGGUUUCUGGGAGUAACCCUACUUCCUUUGCAGCUUUGUAUAUGGAAGCUCUGAAAGAUGAAGAGGAGAGAGCCCAGGCUGUACUUGCCACAGAUGCCAAUCCUUCUGCCCCAGACAAUUCAGGCUCUGGGGAUAAGCCCAGCAGUUUCUCUGGCCCUGAGUAAAUUCAGGCUGGUUCUUCACACCAUUUAAGGGUAGCAGUUGAAUCUUCAAGCAGAAAAGACUUUGGGUUCUUUUUCCUUUUUGUGCUGUUUCAGUUAUUCCUCUUUUAGGGUCUCUUCAGGGUCUAGAGUCAUUCACCGUAUUGCUCACACAUUUGUUGCUAUUUGUUUCAGAAUAAGGAUUUUGCUGUUGUGAGAAACAAGUUGACAUUUGCAGCUUUGAUAUCUAGAGGAAGAAUAGCAUUGCUUCUGAGUUCUCCUUAGACACAUGAAAGAUUCCAUUAGUAAAAUGCAAUCAAUAGGUGCAAGAAAGAUGUAAAAAAAAUGGUUAAUAGUAGUAUUUCUGUGUCCUUUUAGUUAGCUUUGUGAAACUAAAGAUAUGCACCUUGCUUACUUGAUUUAGUCAAGAAUGCGUGAGAAAAGUAAAGCUUAAUAAAGUGCACUGCCUCAUUUUUCCCAGCAAA